GAAUAAUUCCACUGUUCCACUUCCAGCGUCGAGGCCCUCAAGGCAGACUGGGCGACCAGGAAAAUAGGAGAGUCAUAUAUUCCAUCUAAAGCUUCUUUCGAUCGAAAAAGAAAAGGAUUUUUAGGGUUCUUUUCUGGGGAGGAAUCCCUCCAAUUGUCUCCUGUCCCUCGCUGCAAAACGCUCUUAAUAGAUUCGCUCAAAGGGUUUUGAUGGAUAGCAGUUCCCAGGAUCUCUCAAAUGGAGAGAUUGGGGUAGAUUCAAGGAAGGAGCGGUCUCUGGAUCAGUGCGCUUCAUCGGCGACCGCCGGUGGUGGGUAUCGCUUGUUCGAUCGCCAACGGUCGAUUCACCAGAUAAUUGGGGGCGGCAAAGCUGCCGAUGUUAUAUUGUGGAAACGCCAAUGGAUUUCAGUUGGGGUCAUUGUUGUUGCUACUGUGGCAUGGCUUUUAUUUGAGAGAUCUGGACUGUCAUUCCUGACAAUCUGCUCAGACAUAUUGCUUCUUUUGAUUGUGAUUCAGUUUAUUCGGGCUAACAGUGCUGUUUAUUUAAAUAAACAACUUCAACCAUUGCCAGAAUUGGUUCUAUCAGAAGAGAUGGUUAAUAACGCUGCUGCUUCAUUUCGAGUUAAAGUGAACAAUAUGCUGAUGAUGGCGCAUGAUAUUACUCUUGGCAAAGACUUCAGGCUCUUUUUUCAGGUGGUGGUCUUCCUUUGGCUUUUGUCUGUUGUUGGUAGUUUCUUCUCAUUUUUCACUCUUGCAUAUAUAGGGACCAUUGUGUCGAUCACAAUACCAGCCUUGUACAAUAAAUACGAUGUGCAUGUGGAUAAAUGUGCUUGGUUGGUCCGCCAGAAAUUUACCAAGCAUUACAGGGUGGUGGAUGAAAAUGUGAUACGUAGACUACCAAGACGCUUUUCCAAGAAUAAAGAUGCAUAAAUUCUCUGAAAGGAAAGAUUAUUUUGAGUGCAGAAUUUGCUGCUUAACUACUGAACUAAGUUGUUUGAGGUUGCUGUGUAUCCUGCUAUGUAAAUUAUGUUAAAUUACAGCAAGUGAGGCUGCAAGUUUUGUUCAAAGGCAUCUUUGAAAUUUGUUAACAAUUUCAUAACCCAUUCAAAUUCUCUGGGAUUGACAAAUAAUGGGAUCUGCACUUAAAGAGAGAACGCA